AUGUUAUCAUCAGAUAAAGACUUAGCUCAGGAUUCAAUAUUGCAACAAAAAACUGAAAAUUCUUUAAAUAUUCAACCAAAAAAAUUUAUUAGAAUAGUUCAAUCGAGUAAAAUCAAGAAAUAUGUUGAAAUUGCUUUAUCAAUUUUUCAGGAUAAGUCAAGUUUUACGCCCGAAAAUGUUGUUGUAUUCUCAGGAAAAGGUCCAGCUAUUAAUAAAACUAUUACCAUAGUAGAAAUAAUUAAACGAAAAUUAAAUGGUUCUUUACAUCAAUAUACUCAAAUCGGACGGGAUUCCUUAACACAAGAUGAAGAAAAAAAAGAUGACGACGAGAUGAUUCUUGAUCACGAAGAUCAUAAAGAACAUGAUAUGCAAGUACAAAAGAUUUUAUCACGUGAUGGACCGCCAGCACCUGUUAUAACCAUUUAUCUUUGUUCUCAUAUGAUUCCACAUUUGGAAGAGACAUUAGGAGAUAGCCUUCCGAUGAAUAAACCAAGUAGUUGA